AUGGCUCAUCACACGCAACUGUGCAUUAUGCUUUUUGGAACAUAUCUUUUCUCUACUCUCCUGCUCCUCGAGUGUAGAAAGCUGAAAGGUUACGAGUUCCCGGUAUAUUCAACAAAAAAAUGCCCUGGAAAUCAAGCAGAGUGGAUAAACAGGUCCUCUGCUAUCAACUGCACGGAGAAAAAUGGAUACAUGUGUACACCAAACGAAAACUUUACAGACUUGUUAGAAUUUUGUUACAUAUAUCCACGAAUACUGGUUAAAGAAGAUCUCUGUUUAUACUUGGACAAACGCGUCUCUAGAGUUAAUUCAUAUAACUGCCGCAAAUUUACACAUGGAUGCCCUGAAUUGAAAUAUUUCUCCUCUGAAACAUAUGUUCAUCCGAGUUGUAUGGAAAUUGAAAAUGGGUGUUUCUCUGCUGAACCUAGUUGCAAAAGACAACCUUUACAGAGCAAAACUUCAAACGACGAUACUCUUCCAAUCAUUUUGGGUGUAUUUAUUCCUGUAUGCAUUCUUGGACUCACCGUGAUCGGAAUAAAAUUCGGUAUCCGCAUAAGAAGAAGCCAUACAAUAACAGAUGAUGAGGAAACGGAAUUACUACUUUGUGGAUAUGAACAGCGUGAACCGAUGGACAAUAAUAAAGAAUAUCCUAUUGAAGAAGUCAUAUUCGACCAAUGGAAACAGGACGACGUUGAUUUUAUUUCAACAAAGGCUUGUGAAGAAGUAGAAAAAAUAAUAAAAAGCAGGAACCUAGUUAUUGUGGGUGGUCACUCAGGAUCCGGAAAGUCAGCCAUCAUUCAACAUAUUGCGCUCAAAUACAGAGAACGGGGCUGGACCGUAAAACGAGUAAAAAAGGUAGAAGACAUCGUGGAUGAAUAUUAUUCACGUCGAUAUCAAAAAGAUAAAACAGUUUGUGUUUUUAAUAAUCCAUUGGGAAAAGAAUCUUUUGAUGAAAUAUGUAAUGAUUCGUGGCAAAGAUAUGAGGAAGAUUUAAAGUUGUUCCUAAAAACAGCAAAAAUUCUCAUGUCAUGUAGAAAUCAUAUUAUAUCUGAUUCCAGGGUGGCGCGUUAUCUCGUUAAUCAGUCAGCUAUUGUAGACAUCGAUGAUAAGAAUUACAAAUUGUCUGUCAAUGAAAAACGUCAUAUUUUGACAAAAUACACAUCUUAUAUGAACUUAUCCGACAAAGAUUGUAAUGAGAUCGUCAAAGUAGAAAGGUAUUUCCCGUUAUUGUGUAAAUUGUAUUCAAGCAGAAAAAAAUCCAUUUGUAAGGGGAUACGAUUUUUUACUGAACCUGUAACAGUGCUGAAGGAGGAAAUAAUAGAGUUCAAAGUAAAAGACAAGGGUAAAUAUUGUGCGUUGGCUCUCCUUGUUCUUUUUAACGAUGAUCUUUGCGUAAGUGAUCUUUUAAAAGAUAAAAACACGGAAAAUAAAUUCAAACACACGUUAAAACGUUGUGGAUUACCAGAGAGUACACCGAUUACAGCUAUUGGGGACAAUCUUGAUUCCCUAAAGGACUGUUUUGUCAAAACGAUUGGCGACAGGUAUCAUUUUUAUCAUGAUUUGGUGAUGGAAGUUACUACUCAUGUGUUUGGAACAGAUUAUCCCACAGAAACAAUAAAAUACGCUGACAUCGGCUUACUCAGAAAAAAGGUACGAUUAGAAGAUUGUAAAGAACAGACCGACCCGUUCACCAUCUAUCUAAGUGACAAGUACAUUGAAGAUCUUGGAGAAAGGCUUUUUACUGAACUGUUUGGAAAUCGUUUAAUAGAUGUUGCUCUCAAUCCUUGUUUAAAGAAUAAAAAAGUAAUUGAAACGUUGAAAGGAAUCAUACAAAAGCAUCCAGAAAAACUGCGAAUGCUACUAGAAAAGAAAAAAAUAAAAUAUAAUAAACCUAAUUUUUACACAGCAAAACACUUUCAUCUUACGAAAAUUGCUUUCAUGGGUUUGAAAAUUGACCUAUCACCCUUAUAUGUACUGAUUGUUUAUAGUCAUACGGAUUUAUCACUUAAAUGGUUAGAUACUCUGACAAGAAUGCAUAUUAAUUUUAAAAGCAGUUCCUUGCUUCCUGCAGUGUAUUGUAAUGGAUCAAUGCAAUUGUUUGAUAAAUUUCAAUGUUUUCAUGUAAAAGAAUCUCUGAGAAAUGCUUUGGGAGGAUUAUCCCCUAUUCACAUUGUUAGCGCGUUCCAUAACUAUGAAUUACUUGAACAAUUAAGUUUUCUCGGUGGUGAUGUUAAUUCAAUUAGUAUAACCUGGGAUCAUUUUACCCCCUUACUUUUGGCAGCUGGUAACGAUACCCAGGAAAACGAAUAUUAUUCCAAUAGAGAAACAGGUGCAGAUCGAAGAGAUAAAACAGUACAACUUUUACUGAAUAAGGGAGCAGACAUUAAUUUAUGCGAAAAAAACGGAACCGGUCCUCUCUAUAUAGCUUGUCAAAACGGACAUGACAUCACUGUACAACUUUUACUGAGUAAUGGAGCAGACAUUAAUUUAUGCAAGAAAAACGGAACCGGUCCUCUCUAUAUUGCUUGUCAAAACGGACAUGAUAGCACUGUUCAACUUUUAUCGAGUUAUGGAGCAAACAUUAAUUUAUGUGAUGAGGACGGAGCCAGUCCUCUCUAUAUAGCUUGUCAAAACGGACAUGACAGCACUGUACAACUUUUACUGAGUAAUGGAGCAGACAUUAAUUUAUGCAAGAAAAACGGAACCGGUCCUCUCUAUAUAGCUUGUCAAAACGGACAUGAUAACACUGUACAACUUUUGAAGAGUAAUGGAGCAGACAUUAAUUUAUGUGAUAAGGACGGAGCCAGUCCUCUCUAUAAAGCUUGUCAAAACGAACAUGAUAGCACUGUACAACUUUUACUGAGUAAUGGAGCAGACAUUAAUUUAUGUGCAAAGGACGGAUCCAGUCCUCUCUAUAUUGCUUGUCAAAACGGACAUGAUAGCACUGUACAACUUUUGGAGAGAAAUGGAGCAGAUAUUUAUUUAUGUGAUGAGGUCGGAGCCAGUCCUCUCUAUAUUGCUUGUCAAAACGGACAUGACAGCAUUCUACGACUUUUAUUGAGUUAUGGAGCAAACAUUAAUUUAUGUGAUAAGGACGGAGCUAGUCCUGUCUUUACAGCUUGUCAAAACAGACAUUUUAGCACUGUACAACUUUUACUGAGUAAUGGAGCAGACAUUAAUUUAUGCAAGAAAAACGGAACCGGUCCUCUCUAUAUAGCUUGUCAAAACGGACAUGACAGCACUGUACAACUUUUACUGAGUAAUGGAGCAGAUAUUAAUUUAUGUGAUGAGGACGGAGCCAGUCCUCUCUAUAUAGCUUGUCAAAACGGACAUGACAGCACUGUACAACUUUUAUCGAGUAAUGGAGCAAACAUUAAUUUAUGUGAUGAGGACGGAGCCAGUCCUCUCUAUAUAGCUUGUCAAAAAGGAUAUUUUUACACUGUAAGACUUUUACUGAAUAAGGGAGCAGACAUUAAUUUAUGUGCAAAGGACGGAUCCAGUCCUCUCUAUAUAGCUUGUCAAAAAGGAUAUUUUUACACUGUACAACUUUUACUGAGUAAUGGAGCAGACAUUAAUUUAUGUGAUGAGGUCGGAGCCAGUCCUCUCUAUAGAGCUUGUCAAAACGGUCAUGAUAGCACUGUACAACUUUUACUGGAAAAUAGAGCAGACAUCAAUUUGUUUAUCAAAGAUGGAGUUAGCCCUCUAUAUCUAGCUUUUAACAAUAGACUAUACAAAAUUGUUGAUAUUUUGCUAAACAACGGUACAGAUACUAGCCUAGCUUGUGGAUGGAAAGUCAACCCCGACUUGGUCGACUUCUUUGAUAAACAAGACAGCACAAUUGUUUUUUUACUACAAAAGAACAACAUUUUAAACAACUUGUAUGACCCUGAUUCGUAUUUUUCUCUUUUUGUGUCAUGUCAGAUAGAAAGAGUGACACGAAUGAUUUUAUGAUCAAAAUACAUUUAUGUUAUUACUUAAACUGAAAAGUAUGCAUUAACAAUAUGGUACAUUCAAGCAGAUAUACAUGUAGCAGAAUUUGCGUUGAAAAAAAACAUUAGAACACCUAUUGGUUAGGUCGUUUUAGAUUAGACACAACUUAUCUUCUUCCAAUAUCUGACUUUUCUUUUCUACCUACGCAGUGUAAAGAUUAUAUUUUUUUUUUCAUAUUAAGUUUUCGUAUGAUCAUACAUACAUUUAUUUCAAUGGGCAUCAAAAACUAUAACUUUACCUACUA